AUGGAAUUGCCUCCUUUAUUUCUCUUCAGAAAAACUCGUUUUUAUAAUUAUUUAUUUUUAUUACUAACGUUGGUUGUAUUUUUGAUCACUUACUCAUCCUAUCUUGUUCCUUCUUCUCCAUCAGUCACAUCCUUGGCCAAUUUGAUUUGGCCAAAUCCAAAAUCUCCUAAGAAGUACAAAGAGAAAUUACCAUUUGCCAUAGGAGAGACAAAGGAAGGAUGCAAUGUGUUCAAUGGAAAAUGGAUUUGGGAUGAGAAAAGGCCUUUAUAUGAAGAAUCAGAAUGUCCUUAUAUACAACCACAAUUGACUUGUCAAGAACAUGGCAGGCCAGAUAAAGAUUAUCAACACUGGAGAUGGCAACCUCACGGUUGUUCUCUCCCGAGUUUCAAUGCAACACUAAUGCUGGAAACUCUUCGAGGGAAGAAGAUGUUAUUCGCGGGCGAUUCCUUGAACAGAGGACAGUAUGUUUCUAUGGUUUGUCUGGUUCAUAGACUCAUUCCUGAGAAUGCUAAAUCCAUGAAAACUGUUGGUAGUUUCGACGUUUUCACCAUUAAGGCUUACAAUGCAACAAUUGAGUUUUACUGGGCACCAUUUUUGCUGGAAUCAAAUUCUGAUAAUCCAGGCAAACAUAGGAUUGAAGAAAGAGUUGUUCGAAAAGAUUCAAUAAACACACAUGGAAAUAAUUGGAAAGGGGCUGACAUAAUUGUGUUUAAUACUUACCUUUGGUGGAGGAGUGGCUCCCGUUUUAAUAUUUUGCAAGGAUCUUUUGAUGAUGAAGUGAAAAAUAUAGUGGAGGUAUCCACAGAGGAGGCAUAUGGCAUGGCAAUGAGGAGUAUGUUGAGAUGGAUUAAAGAGAAUAUGGAUCCAAAAAAAACUAGAGUUUUCUUUACUAGUAUGUCACCUUCUCAUGAAAGGAGCACAGAAUGGGGAGGAGAACCAAAUAAGAAUUGUUACAAUGAAACAAAAAUGAUAGAGGAUCCAAAUUAUUGGGGAUCAGAUAGUAGAAAAAGUAUAAUGCAAGUGAUUGGAGAAGAAUUUGGCAAAUCAAAAGAGCCAAUUACAUUUCUCAACAUUACACAACUAUCAAGUUAUAGAAAAGAUGCACAUACAACAAUUUACAAGAAGCAAUGGAAUAAAUUAACACAAGAGCAACUAGCAAAUCCAUUCAGCUAUGCAGAUUGUUUUCAUUGGUGUUUGCCUGGCCUUCAAGAUACUUGGAAUGAACUUUUAUUCACAAAACUUUUUUAUCCUUAGAUAAUUUUAUGGACGAUUCGCGGUUUGUGUUUGGCAAAUCAAUUAGAACAUUAACACUUGUAUUUGGAUAUUGUCCUUUGUGUAUACUUCUUUUUAGUCAAUCGAUUUUGAU